AUGGAGUUUCUUGUUGGUCCAUUUUCCUUUCCAGGGAUGACCCUGACGCCUUCCACCAGCAGCUCCAGGAUGGACGAGGUGACCUGGGUCUACUUUUCUAUGAGCUUCCUGACCACAGUCAUCUCUGUGUGUGGGAUAGCGGGCAACAGUGUCGUGGUCUGGCUGCUGAGCCGGCGCUUGCGGAGCACCCCCUUCUCUGUCUACAUACUCAACCUGGCGGUGGCCGACCUCCUCUUUCUCCUCUGCAUGGCCUCCAUAAUAAUCCUGGAGACCCAGCCCCUGCCUGACUUCAAGAACGCCAACCUGAGUGCCAUCCUGAGCACCAAUCCAAGAGCCAAGGCGAGUGCCAUGGCCUAUGAGGUGGUGACAAGGGUGAAGUACUUCGCUUACACCACCAGCCUAAGCCUGCUGACAGCCAUCAGCACCCAGCGCUGCCUCUCAGCCCUCUACCCCUUCUGGUACAAAUGCCACCGGCCCAGGCACCUGUCGUCCAUAGUGAGCGCCCUACUCUGGGUGCUGUCCUUCACCAUGAACAUGCUGGCUUCCUUCUUCUGCAACCUGUUCUGGCAUUUCAUCCAUGUGCAGUGUUUCAAGAUAGACAUGGCCUUGGGCACCCUCAUCCUGGGGGUCUUCACUCCUGUGAUGGCCAUAUCGAGCGCCAUCCUCUUUGUCCAGGUGCGGAAGAGUACCCUGGUGUGGCGGCGGCGGCAGCCCCGGCGGCUAUAUGUGAUCAUCUUAGCCUCUGUCUUUGUGUUCCUCGUCUGUUCCCUGCCCCUGGGCAUCUACUGGUUUGUCCUGUACUGGGUGGGCCUGCAGCCUCAGGUAAAGUUCCUGUGGGUCUGCCUGUCCCGUCUCUCCUCCUCAGUGAGCAGCAGUGCCAACCCAGUCAUCUACUUCCUGGUGGGCAGCCAGAGGAGCUGGAGGCUGAAGGAGUCUAUGGGGGCCAUUCUGGACCGGGCACUGCAGGAGGAGCCCGAGCUGGAAGGAAGGGAAACACUCUCCACGGGCACCCAGGAGGGUAUCUGAGAUGGUCCAC